AUGGUCCGCACGCGCUUCGUUUGCGUCUCAGAUACCCACGGAUAUAGUACAGCUGAUGCGGCGUUCAAGCUUCCCAAGGGGGAUGUCCUGAUUCAUGCCGGCGAUAUUACCAAUAGGGGAACGGAGAAGGAGCUUGACAAGUCUUUGAAGUGGAUUAUGGAAGCUGACUUUGAAGCGAAGAUUAUUAUAGCUGGGAACCACGAUACUCUUCUCGAUCCCAAUCUCUCUCAGAAUCAGAAGCUGUCUUGGGAAGAGAAGCCAUGGCGGAGACUUCAAGGGUUGACUGAGUAUACUUUUGCAUCACAGUUCAUUUAUUUGAACCACGAAGCAAAAGAAAUCCGAUUAAGAAGCCCUCACGGCCCCAAGACCAGAUUCAAGGUUUUCGGCUCGCCGUACUCACCAAUACUCCCCGGUUGGGGGUUUGGAUAUCUUCCCGAACACGCCAAAUCAAUAUGGGAUGAAAUACCAUCGGACGCAGAUAUUCUGAUAACUCAUACACCGCCGGCUGGACACCUUGAUAUUGCAAACGGGAAGUCAAUUGGAUGUCAAGCUCUUUGGCAGCGUCUUUGGGAUGUGCGACCCAGACUAGUUAUCUGCGGUCAUGUCCACGAAAGUCGAGGUUAUCAUCGGGUACGAUGGCCCAGUGGGCCAAGCAAAGAGUAUGAAACGGUGUUUGGCAAUUUACCAGCACGGCAAAGCAAAGAGCAGUCAACCAUUGAUCUAUGUCGCAAGAUAGAGAACCGACUUGAUAAUGAUGGUUUAGCGAGACACGAGACGUGUAUCGUCAACGCUGCCAUCAUGGCUACCAGCUGGCCGCAUAAAGGAGGCAAGAAGUUUAAUUCUCCAAUUGUGGUGGAUCUGGAUUUACCUCAAUUAUGA